CAGUGCGGAGCGCGCCACGGGCCGCGCGGGAGGCUGGGCGCCCCGUCCGUCGAGUGCGCCGGCGCCGGGCCAUGUACUCGGGGAACCGUAGCGGCGGCCAGGGCCACUGGGAGGGCGGCGGGGCCGCGGACGCCGAGGGGCCGGGAGCGGCGGGGACGCUGAGCCCCGCGCCGCUCUUCAGCCCGGGCACCUACGAGCGCCUGGCGCCGCUGCUCGGCUGCAUCGGGCUGCUGGGCGCCGGCAACAACCUGCUGGUGCUCGUCCUCUACUCCAAGUUCCCGCGGCUCCGCACGCCCACCCACCUCCUGCUGGUCAACGUCAGCCUCAGCGACCUGCUGGUGUCCGUCUUCGGGGUCACCUUUACCUUCGUGUCCUGCCUGCGGAACGGCUGGGUCUGGGACACCGUGGGCUGCGUGUGGGACGGGUUUAGCAGCAGCCUCUUCGGCAUCGUUUCCGUCACCACCCUGACUGUGCUGGCCUAUGAACGUUACAUUCGCGUGGUCCAUGCCAGAGUGAUCAAUUUUUCCUGGGCCUGGAGGGCCAUUACCUACAUCUGGCUGUACUCACUGGCGUGGUCGGGAGCGCCUCUGCUGGGCUGGAACAGGUACAUCCUGGACGUGCAUGGACUGGGCUGCUCUGUGGACUGGAAAUCCAAGGACGCCAACGACUCUUCCUUUGUGCUUUUCUUAUUUCUUGGCUGCCUGGUGGUGCCCCUGGGAGUCAUAGCCCAUUGCUAUGGCCAUAUUCUGUAUUCCGUUCGAAUGCUUCGUUGUGUUGAAGAUCUUCAGACAAUUCAAGUGAUUAAGAUUUUAAGAUAUGAAAAGAAAGUGGCCAAAAUGUGCUUUUUAAUGAUAUUUAUCUUCCUUAUCUUUUGGAUGCCUUAUAUCGUGAUCUGUUUCAUGGUGGUGAAUGGUUAUGGACACCUGGUCACUCCAACAGUGUCUCUUGUCUCCUCUCUCUUUGCUAAGUCCAGCACUGUAUAUAAUCCGAUUAUUUACAUCAUCAUGAUCAGAAAGUUCCGAAGAUCCCUUUUGCAACUGCUCUGUGUCCGACUUCUGAGAUGCCAGAGGCCUGCUAAGGACCUACCAGCCAAUGGGAGUGAAAUGCAGAUCAGACCCAUUGUGAUGUCACAGAAAGAUGGGGACAGGCCAAAGAAGAAAGUGACUUUUAAUUCUUCUUCCAUCAUUUUUAUCAUCACCAGUGACGAAUCACUGGCAGUUGAUGAGAGUGACAAGACCAGUGUGUCAAAGGUUGAUGUGAUCCAAGUUCGUCCUUUAUAGGAAGGAAUGAUGGUAAUGAAAGAUGAGGCCUUAUACUGGAAACCACAUAUUGACUUCCAUUAUGAGGACUAUUUCGUAAUCCCCACUCUAUGUAAUAUUUUGGGGGAGGAAAAACUUUCCUCUGCCCUAAAAUUUUCUUCUACCUGGUGAAGGAAAUAAAUUGACAUGAAACAGAUAAA